AUGAGCGCGGCCAAGAAGGUGACCCUCUUUGUCGACGUGGUCAGCCCGUUCGCGUACGAGGCCUUCCACAUCCUCCGUAAUGAUGCUGCCUUCCGGAACGUGCAGGUCACGUACGUCCCCAUAUUCUUGGGCGGCCUGAUGAAGGCGUGCGGAAACACAGCACCGAUUCAGAUCAAGAACAAGGACAAGUGGGUCAACCGGGAGCGCGUCCGCUGGGCGCAGGCCUUCGCCAUCCCCAUGACGGCCGCGUCGCCGCCCGACUUCCCGCCCAACACGGUCCACGUGAUGCGCGUCCUAUGCCAGAUCGCGUCGCAGGACCAGCUGGCGCAGACGCUCGCCCGGCUCUUCCACGCGCUGUGGGUCGAGCACCGCGCCGUCGCGUCGGCCGACGUGUUCGCACCCGUGUUGCGGGAGGUGCUGGGGCCCGCCGAGGCCGAGAGAGUUCUCGCGGCGGCGACAACGACGGGCAAGGCGACGCUCAAGGAGAACACGGACCGGGCGUUCGCGGCGGGGGCGUUUGGCCUCCCCUGGAUGGAGUGUACCAACAGUGCGGGCGCGACUGAGGGGUUCUGGGGCGUCGACCAUCUCGGUCAGGUGCUGCAGUUCUUGGGGCUCGAGAAGCCGUCGCAAGGGGGCUGGAAGUCGGUGCUGUGA